ACUUCCCCAUGGGUGGUCCCGCUUCCGCUCUCUUCAUCCCCUAACCCGUACCACCCCAUCCCGCCUCCUCCACCAACCCCUCUUGGGCUCCCCAUUGGCUGCGUGCUUUGCCUGCUCACAUUUCCCUGCUGGCGUCACUCGCGCACGGCUCUCGAUUGGCGCUCGGCUCUCUCCAUCUUCCUCUCGCCGCCUGCGCACCCCCCGCGAACCACCCCGCCCCGCGCUGGCCUUCCCAUUGGCUGCCCGCCCCUACAGGCCCUGCCCCCGCCGGUCCCGCCGCCGGUGCCGUCGGUGCCGCCGCUGCCGUCGAUAUGGCGCGCACGGCCCCUGUGGAGCCCCCGCUGCGGCAUCCCGCGACCCCCUCGCCGGCCGCGGGCGAGCCCCGCACCUCGGUCGAGGCGGCGGUGGCCCCGCGGAGGGUGCUGUUCGCCGACGAGGCCCUGGGGCUGCCGCUGGCGCAGCUGCGCCGCUACCGGCCGUGGGGCGGGCCCGGGGCGGGCAAGAUGGCGGCGGCGGCCGGGCAAGAUGGCGGCGGCGGCGGGGCCGACGAGGACGACGAUGGCGAGGAUGGGGAUGAAGGGGAGGAGGAAGAGGAGGCUGGCCCCGAGCCCUCGUCGCUGUGUCCCGUCCCCGCUGGCGGGGGGUUUUACCUGGUGCCCACAUUUUCGCUGCCGCCUGCGCCGGGCCGUCUGGAGCGCUUGGGGCGCGUCAUGGUGGAGCUGGAGGCGCUGCUGCCGCCUCCCGGAGCAGUCCCCGGGGGUACCGGGGUAUGGGUGCCUGGGGGGCGCCCGCCGGUGCUGCGCGGGUUGGUACGCGUGCUGAACCGCUCCUUCGAGAAGGCGGUGCACGUGCGGGCCUCACACGACGGCUGGGCUUCCUUCUGCGACCACCCAGCGCGCUACGUACCGCGCAGCCCGCCGGGGGCAGGAGCGGGAGGAACAGGAGGAGAUCCCAUCCUGGAUCAGGGCCUCGGCCUGGGCCCCGGGCAGGCGGCUGCCUCCUCGCCCGACGACGGCGGCCGCACCGACCGCUUUGCCUUCCAGCUGCCCUUUGCUGAGGGCGCGGGCGAUGGGGCGCGCCUGGACUUCGUGGUGCGCUAUGAGACCCCCGAGGGCACUUUCUGGGCCAACAACCAGGGCCGCAACUACACGGUCCUGCUCCGGAUCGCACCCGCUCCCACACCCACUGAUGCCGAAGGGCUGCCCCAACAGCUGCAGCAGCUGGAGCCACAGCCCGAGUGCCAGGGUCCCGUGGAGGCUGAGGCCAGGCAGCUGAAGAGCUGCAUGAAGCCAGUGAGGCGCAGGCCUAACGAGGACGAGCUGAGGAUGAAGAGUGCUGAGGAUAUUAUCCCUGCUGUGGCAGCAGAGCGUCCUGACGUCCAGGAGUCAGUGGGUCCCCUGGUAGCCCCCACCCCUCUCCGUCCGUGGCCCCAAAUGACACUUCAGGUUUCUGAAGUUACAGUGACUGGCAGCCCCCCAGAGGAAGGUGACGUCCCCGGAAGCAGUCCGCUUGUGGCUUUCACAGAGGUCCCCCAGGCACCGGCCAUCAGGAUUCUCCCCUCCUCCCCUCUCUGUGGCCUGGGUGGCUCCCCCAGGGACCAGGCCUCGGGGCCCGAUGCAAGUGAGGGGGCAGCUGGGCUCCUCCUGGAACCUAGCCAGCAGCAGGUGGCGGCCACAUGGGAGGUAUUGAGUGCAAAUGGAGGGGGCCGAAAGGAUUCCAUGGUGGGUGCUAUUAUGGAUGAGCCCCACAGGGGUCUGGAGGUUGUGGGUGGGUUGGAGGAGUUGCUUGGCGAGGACACCAUUGACCAGGAGCUCGAGCAGCUUUACCUGUCCCACCUGAGCCGCCUGCGGGCCGCUGUGGCUGCAGGUGGGGAGGGCCCCACGGAUGGGGGGGUGUCCCCCAGCCAUCCUCUGGGCGUACUCACGGACCGGGACCUGAUCUUGAAGUGGCCUGGCCCUGAGCGAGCCCUGAACAGUGCCCUGGCUGAGGAGAUCACGCUGCACUAUGCUCGGCUGGGACGUGGUGUGGAGCUCAUCAAGGACACCGAGGACCCUGAUGAGGAGGGGGAGGGUGAAGAAGGGCCCUCCACUACGCCUUCCAGCCCAGAAGGGGACAGCCCCAAGGAAUCGCCUCCGGAAAUCCUCUCUGGGGCCCAUUCUGUGGUAGCCACUAUGGGAGAUGUGUGGCUCCCAUGGGCAGAGGGCUCGGGAUGUGACAACCCUCUGGUUCUGGCUACCGAUGGUCGGUUCAUUGGGGAUCCAGAGAAGGGGAUGGGCCAGGACACUUCCUCUUUGCACCUGAGUAAGGAGAUAGCUGGGGUGACCAGCUCCCCAGGGGAGCCCAUGACAGAAGCCCUGCUGGAGCUCACCACCGAGGGGGGAGGCAGCUUGGUUCCCAUAGCUGGCAAGGAGCCGGCUGCUCCAGUCCUUAUGCAGAGGCGAGAACCCAACCUCCUGAGUCCCUUGGGGGCUAAAGGCUCUCAUUCCAGCCUGGCCAGGCCCUGUGUGACUUCCCACGAGGAAGAGGGUUCUGGCCCAAGGCUUGAGCCCCAAAAGAGAUCUGCCCUAGCGACCCCUGCAGAAUGUGUGUGUCUAUUGCCUCCCCAGCUACGAGGGCCCUUGGCUCAGACCCUGGGGGUCCUGGCUGGGCUGGUGGUGGUCCCUGUGGCUCUGAAUAAUGGUAUGUCCAUCCUGGUGCUUGCACUGUGCCUCUCUCUGGCCUGGUUCUCGUAGGGGUUGCUGGUGGGAUCAGAAAUAACAGGCUUCCCUCUCUCUGGGGUCUGGGGAGGGGACAGCCCCUACAUUCUCCCCAGAGUGUUAAGAUGAGAUAUUGGCCUGUGCAGUGAGGGGACCUUGGCCCUUUGCUUCAGAGAAUGCUUGACUGGAGAGAGGCCUUCUCGUCCCUGAGCUCUCCAGUCAAUCUCCCAUGGUGAUACCAGUAGAGAGGAAAAGGGGGCAGAUGGAUGUUGUGAGCGAAAAAACUUUCAAAAUGGAACUGGGCAUGUCCCCCCUCCUGCCUCUCCUCCCCCCACCCCCGAGCCUGUAUUUAUUUUUGUAUAAUUCUCUGGAUGAGGGAGCGUGGUCGUGAGCUGGUCUUGGGGCACAGUUACCCAGAGAUAUAUUUAACAGCCAACCUGUGCAACCUGCUGGAGCUUUAUUUUUAAUUUAAUUUAUAUAGAGUACCUAUUAUUAUAUGCCACAAUAGAGCUCUAUGAGAAA